AUGGACUCCGACCAGACAGCCCAGUGCGUUGUGUAUUCCGUCGUCGUUUGUGUCCUGCUUAUUAUCGUUGGCCUCCUCAUAUUCAUCGUGAGUGUGUUUGUCUUGGGCCCGGUCAUUGAUGCAGUGCAAGUCCGCAUUGUAGAGAUCAAUGAGACCACCACCAGAGACAUGGAACCCGUUCACGAUUACGACUACGACUGAACUAAAGGAAACAUUUUUCUCGGCCUGAUUCCGUUAAGAUGAAAAGCAAUAUUCUGUGACCAAAUUAAAUGCAUUUUUUUUGUACAUUAUACUUGCCAAUAUUUAUAUUAUCUACUUUUACAUCUC